AUGUCUGGAGGAGACGACAUGGCGGUAUGGAUGCAGGCAAGAGCGAACGAGAGGGCCUCUGGGCUCCAUCGGGGCGAUAAGACAAGUCGGACUAUUACCUCCUUUAGCCACCCACUCAGUGCUGCCCUGUCCGCGCCCCGAAAAUCCAACCCAUGGGUCGAAAUUCUCAACGACGGCGGCUACCGCUCGGACGGGCGGCGGCAGUACGAGCUGCGGGACAUCUCCAUCGACCUCGCUCAGCAGGGCACCGCGGACGGCUCUGCGGUCCUCACGCACGGCCUCACGCAGGUGCUCGUGACCGUCUUCGGCCCGCGGGAGGCGAAGAUGCGGUCGCAGACCCUCCACGACCGCGCGGUGCUCAACGUCGAGGUGAACGUGCUGCCCUUCAGCACCGGGGAGCGGCGCAGACGCGCGCGCGCGGACCGGCGCAUGCUUGAGCUCGCCGCGACGAUCAAGACGACGUUCGAGCCCGUGGUGCAGACGGGCCUCUACCCGCGCUCGGAGAUCGACGUGUUCGUGCACGUCCUGCAGCAAGACGGCGGCCUGCUCCAGACCUGCAUCAACGCGACGACGCUCGCGCUGGCCACGGCCGGCAUCCCGCUGCUGGACUUUGUCUGCGCCGUUAGCGGGGGCGUGCACGCGACCUCGCCCAUGCUGGACCUGACGACCCUGGAAGAGAACGACCUCCCGCAUGUCACGGUCGCUGUCAUGCCCAGGACUAACAAGGUCACUCUCGUAACACUCGAGACGCGCCUGCACGUCGACAGAUUCGGGGAGAUUUUCAAGCUUGCGUGUGAAGCUGGGCAGACCAUCCACAAAGAAAUGAGACGGGCGGUGAAAAGCCGAACCAGUGCGCUCAUUACUGCUAUGGGCGGAGGCCUUGGACACGGUCCCGGAGCUGAUGUACUAGAACGGGACAUCGUUAUGGAUGAUGUGCAUACCAAUGAUGAUUUUUGA